AUGCAAGUGGAAAUCGCAGUAGGCUGUCGGAUAUGUGGGUUGGGACAUCCGAGAAGAGGUCUGGCAGGGCAGCUGUUGAUUGACUUUGACGUAAACGCGAUUGAAUUUGCAGUGUGGACCUUGCUACCGUGGCUGGUGGAGUCAAAGAGGAGAGACCAGAGAAUCCUGCAGUUUAUUCUUCUGCUCAACCUGCACUGGUUUUUACAGCCAGAAGUUACAGGGACUUAUCUUCCGGACACUGGAACGCUGGGCUGGAUGGUCUGGUGUGGGGCUGUGUGGAUGGGGCAUAGAGCACGUCCACUGGUGCUAGCAGGCUACAGGGAGGGGACCAAGGAUGGCCCUUGCCAGCUCCACUACCAGCAAGUUAGAAUGAGAUUGCAAAAAUGGCUCCAGCCAGUGUUUCUGACCCUGGUGGAAAUGCGUGAAGGUUCCUAUGUUUCUGGUAGCCACUCUAGGAUAACAAAAGUGUGUAUCAUGUUUAAGAAAGUCAACAGGAUUGAGGUAAAAAGCCAGAAGACAAGACAGAAAAAACAUAAGCCAUGGAUAGCACGCAUCUUCAACCACGAAUGCUACAUCACCUACGUUACUGGCUGCUACAGCUGCCAGUGUAACACCAAGCUGGAGAAAAAAUCUAGAUAUGACCCCUGCUGCUGCUCUUUGAGAGAGCAAUUAUUUUACCCAUUUCUGGUUAUUGCAUUUUUCAUGUCUGUGGUUUUGCUGUUCGUGUGGAUAGAGACCUCAAAUGAAUACAAUGGCUUUGACUGGGUUGUUUAUCUAAUUACAAGAUACUGGUACUUCUGGUCCCUUCUUUUGCUGACUUUAUUUGGAAUCCUGGCUGCCUACUCUUCAUUGCUGUUGGUACUUGGAUUUUUGUUGAUUUGGGAAGGGAAUGAACUCUACCUGCACUGGUGUCAUAAGAUCCUGACUGUGCUAGUGAUUGGGACAUGCACGUUUUUUAUGACGGUUUUAUGCAAAUACUGGAACGACAGGUGGCUGACAUUGGGGCUCUCACUGAAGGUCUUUGCUCCCUACUUGCACCUGAGCAGCAUACCUGUGAUGGUUCUCCUUUCCUGGCCUGUGGCCUUCUACUUGGUCCAUUGGGAACAAGAAGCUAGAUUCAGAAGAGACAAGAGUAUACAUCAAAGGAGAAGAGUCCAGAGAUGUACUAGGCUCACAAAGCUGAGAGCUGUACAAGUGGCUGUUGGAUUGCCAUUUUUUCUUAUCCUUUUAUGUCUGUUUGUGGUGCCAUUUGGGAUUUAUUCUCCCUGCCUUCAGGAGAAGGAUAAAUUGGGACCCAAGCCAGGCAUCUUUGGACAUAGAGGUGCACCCAUGCUGGGCCCUGAGAAUACCAUGAUGUCCUUUGAGAAAGCUGUCGAACACGGGGCCUUUGGGCUGGAGUCUGACGUAUUCCUGAGUUGUGAUGGGGUGCCUUUUCUCAUGCAUGACUAUGACCUGAGAAGAACAACCAACAUCAAGGAGAUCAUGCCAGAAGCCGCCCACAAUUUAAGUCAAUUAUUCUAUUGGGAUAUCCUGAAAACUCUGAAUGCUGGCAGCUGGUUUGUACAAUCACGGCUCAAACCAUUUUACAAUAUGAAACCCUUAUCAGAAGCUGAUAGAGAAAAAGCAAGAAAUCAGAGGAUUCCAAAACUAAGUGAUUUAAUGGAACUUGCACAAAAGGAGAGAAAAUUUGUGAUAUUUGAUCUUUCUAGCCCUCCAGAAAAACACCCUUUCAGAAACACAUUUAUCCGUGAAACAGUACGUGUGAUCCUUGACUCUAACAUUGAGCAACAUCUGAUUUAUUGGUUGCCAGAUAGUCAUAGGACGUAUGUCAAGUCAAAAGCUCCUGGUUUUCAGCAAGUUGGCAAGUUAUACCCCAUUGAAUUACUUAGAAAAGAGAAUAUCAGUAUAAUAAAUGUUGACUACAAGAGGUUGUUCUACAACGGGUUGAGAGAUUAUAAAGCAGCCAACAUCACCAUCAACUUGUACAUCGUCAAUGAGCCUUGGCUCUUCUCACUGGCCUGGUGCUCCAGGAUUCAUUCAGUGACCACAGACAACAUUGAGCUCCUAAAGCAGAUAAAUGUCCCUUAUUACCUCAUGACACCAAGUUACUAUAUGUUCAUGUGGUUUCUCAUGGAUAUUUUUUCUGCAGUUUUUAUUGCUGCCAUAUUUUAUUUUCAUUGGUGGAGAGAAAGCCAAAAAGAGAGAGUCUUCGAAAGCAUUAGCAGUUUCACAGAUACUGAGAGUAUGAGCCUCGAAAAAAGAAAAGAAAAUAAAAGAGAAGCUUUAAAUGUCUCUGUAGAGCCAUCCCCACCUCCCGACUAUAACCAAUAGCAUAAGACCUACCUUGGCUCUCACCAGUUUUCAGCAGUCCCCAGGAAGAAAGGCAACAAACCAGAGCCAGUCAAGAAAACCACCAAACCACUGCUGCCUGCAAGGAUGACACUAGACAACUGA